CUGUUCCCAAUUCAGAAAAGUACGACGAGAAGAACAUACUUUUUCGGCGCCUAUCGGAUUCCACAGAGAGCUUCAUCAAAUAUGCCUCCUCAUUCCAAAACCGUCCGCGGUACCUUCGACAAUCCCGGCACCCGAGACGCUAUCCAAAAGGGCCAAAAGCAAGGCCAACAUGACGACCCUGUAUCCCUCCAUUCCGAGAAAGAAGACUCUGUUCCAAAAUCCUCAGAUCCGUAUCGGCAAAACGAGAAGUCCUCAUCGCAGCAGCAACAGCUACCUCAUUCUAAAACAGUCCGAGGUACCCUGGCAAACUCCAAGGGUCCGGCAGUUAACAGGACCAUGCUCGGAGAUCCGGCGAGCUUGAAGGCGGAGACAAGUGAUACGGAGUUUGGGAGGGGUAUUGAGGCGGUGGGGUUUGAGAAGGAGGGAGCUGCGUAUAGUGGUAGUGGGAACGAGAAGAGUAAAUUGUGAGGGCGGAACCAUGGGGCCUAGCUGCGAGCAUCGAGG